GUAUAUUGAGCGCUAUGCACAAGCAGGUGUACUUCACAAGGUCGUCUGAUUAUUAGUAUUUUGCAGGAUUUUUGGGUACUUGAUAUCGAGUGUUGUGUACCGGUGGCAAUUUUUCACAUGAAUUAUGGGUCAGUUGGACCAGGUAUCACUGUUAAGUUUGGCAAGGUAAGAAUUAACUUUACUAGUCAUUAGUUGGUGAUAUGAUUGUCCAGAAACUAGGACUGUAGUAUCAUUUACACGUGUGGGAUACUAUAGUGCUACUUAUGAGCAGCAUGACAUUUAUUAACUAAUCCAAUAGGUUUUUCUGUGAUAGGUUGGUUGACGUUCUUACCAUACAAUUUGAUUUCAAUCAAGACUCAUAGUUAUGAGUCAAUGCUUCUCCACCUCGAAUUCUAAGCACUCAUGAACACCACAUCUUAUAUCUCUUACUAAGUAAGAAGAAAUCAUAAUAGCGGAUGAUUGUCACUGCGUUUUGGAAGCUUUUUCUGGCUACUGUAUUUCAUAUGAGGCCGUUGUUCAGUGGUUAACAUCAAUCUAUUGGCGACUAAUACAGGUCUGGUUCACAUUCCGUGUACAUAAACCUGCACUUAGUAAAUAAGUUAUAUAUCACUGUGCCCAUUCGUCAUCGGACCAAACUUUACUAAGGGUCCGUGAAGAUGAUUCGUUUUUUCUUACCCGAACAUUAGUGUUUUCAAGUUUAUAAUAGGCUUAAAUACAUUGAAAUUCACGGUCUGUGGACUUUGUUCAUAAACAUGUUAAUCACUUUUGCUUUCACUAAUAAAACUGGAGGGAGAGAAAUAAUUUCAUAUGGGUUAGUAAAGUACAUUCUGGUUCUUAUUAUAGCGGAUUAUUGAUCCAAGGUACAACAAUAUUUUACACAGUGUGCCCGUCGGCAUAGAAGCUACAGAAUACCUACAAUUCAACGUUGAUGAUCUUGGUAAGAUUAUUUUAAUCUCUUAAUCUUUUGAUAUAAAUAGUGCUGAAGUUUAUAGCCUCACUACUGAGAUCAAGCAGAUACAGAAUUACUUCGGAAUGGACUGUUUAAAAAAAAACGUUUGUAAUAAGCGAGGGUUUACUUUUUGCACCCCCAAUAUUGGCUGUCGUCGAUCUUUUUAGACCUUAGGUUUGCUUUUACUUCAUUAUUUUUCCGGCUUAAAAAGUACUAGCUCUCAAAAUGCCUAGGCAGGUAUUGCUUUACUAUCAUCCUGCUGUAAUCACUGUCCAUUUGGUCGUAGCAAAUAUACGAGUCUUUGAUUUGCUCUUUUUAUAGAACUAGAGACAUUACUUAGUGGUCUUGUCAAGAGUAAAGCCUGUAGAAGUGUGAAGGCUUAACCUGCAAGUUACCUGGGGUCUAAUCCAUUUCAUAGGUUUUCAUCGAAUAAAGACCACUAUCCAAGUCUACGCAGGUUUUAUUUAGUUCAUCAUCUGACUUAUGGUCAGCGAAGGAAACGUUUUGUGAAACUAUGCAGCUUUGGUGAUACUUCGCUAAAAUCUAAUGUGAAAGAGAUUCAGUCAGAUUACUUUUGUUCUGUUAUAUUAUUGUGACUACGAUUUCAUUGGUUUCUGAGGAAUACCCUCAUAUCGAAAAGGCAACCCAAAAAAAUAUGACUGUAGUUUGUUAUAGUUCUAAAAUUGUACCAUGAUUUAGCAAUGAACUACAUUUUAUCUUGAACUAUGUAAAAUUGGAAUUAACAAAUUAAGAUUAUUGUCAUGUGUACUGCGUGUCCAAAGUUCGACCUUGAUUAAUUGGCGAGACUAUAAUUUAUGGACGAACUAAUCACGUAUAGGAUAGCAGGUUUCAGAUUUUGGCGCGAAAUUCAAUCAUCCAUUUAGCUAAAUAGAGUUUUGGCAUUAUAGCUGGUGUCAACUCGUGGUAAAAACCAUAAAUCUAAUUUCUAACCUUAAUCAUUAACUUUAAACCAUAAUUCUAAUUUAUCACACAGGUUUACAACCCUCAUUUGGUACUGAUUAUUAGGUGGACACUCAAGGUCAGCCCACCGUCACUCAAAUGUCGUCCAUAAAUUAUAGUCCCACCAAAUUAUUCUUGAUACGACGUAACACAACUGCUAUUAUUGUUAUUGUCAUCGUUAAACAAGAUUAAUGUUUUAAAGGAAAAUACGGCAAACUAUCCCAAAAAAUAAAACAAGCAUUGUACAAUCUGAAAAAUAGCUCAUUUAUGCAUCCACAAACAACUCGGCGAUGAAGUAACAAUAAUUUGUUCUUCAAACAGAUCUAUGUGAACAACUGGAUACUAACUUGAUUAAGAUAACGUGUGAAUCUUGAGUAAGAAAGCAAAGUGUGUGCAAAGUUUUUUGUAACCUCAAAAUUCAAGUCAGUCCGUAUGUAAGUAUGAAGUAAACCGAUCAACCAAUAGAGGAAGUUUACAUUCCUGUUCAGACUCAAUUGAGGAAAUUUGUGGGAUGCCAGGGCAGUCAGGCUAUCUUAUGAAUGUUAGCCUAACGCUUAAAUUCAUGGACUACAGCUGUAUAGUAAUAACCUCGAAUAUAACAUUUUUUGUGUUUCACUGUAGUUCUUGGUUAUAUAGACAGUGGGGAAGAUAUCGUCGAUAGACAAACAAAUAACUGACUAAUCAACUCAAAUGCAAUGCAAGUAAUAAUUAAAUCAACGUAAUUGAAUGAAAUAUUCAGUUAUAACUUCAUCUGUUGAUUUUGUCCCGUUUUUUUUCUUCAAUAAAACAUCUUAUCUAGUAACUUACGACAUGUCAACUACAAGUCCAGUUGCAAUAUACACCAUGAACUCAGGUGGAUUUUUAUCACCGAAAUCCUGUCAUAAUAAAAUUCACCGUUUUCACACCUCUGACAUAUAUCCCGAAGGUACUUAUCAUUUCUGUUUUAAUCAAAAUAUUCAAGCUUGUUGGUUUUAUGAUCGUUAUGGUAAUUCAAUAAAUACAGUGCAGCGUCAGUCGUCAUGCUGUCAUAUGGUUCGUUUGAACGGUCUCAUCAAAUCUGUAAGCAUGGAGCAUUUAAGAUGCUUGAAGCAAACUUCUGUAGGUUAUUCACAGCAAACGAAUGGUCUGAAAAAUUCAUUUGUAUCUUGUGAUUGGUUAAACACAAGACCAUUUACAAACACAAACAUUCCAGUUGAGUCACGUUCAUCGGGAGAUGGUCAAACAGAUGAUGAAGAGGAAUUAAGCGAAGUUAAUUACCGAAUUACUCCUGACAUUCAGUCAAAAAUCAAUUCAAAUUCUUCAAAUGAAGUAAAAGUUUUCCUAGGUUCUCACUGUAAAUCACAUUCCCCUUCAAAUUCUUUUAUACACGAUCAAAUUAAUACUAAACAUCUACUUCUUCCAGGUCGUUCCGCUUUUGUAAAACAUUUAGUUCGAGAAGUAGCGUACUUUGAAAUAUGUGAAUUUUUAAUUGGACAAAUAGAAGAAAUUUAUGAUAUGGAAAAUUGUGAGUUUUUAGAUUCUGUGUAUGGCGAAAAAGAUAAGGACAAAUCUUUACAAAUUCCUACUGACUUUCAGGUUCACAAAUCGAAUACUUUACCUUCAAGUCUACUCUCGUCACAUAUGACUUUGGUGGAUGUUACUGAUCAAAAUUUACGUAAUCCAUUAAUCAAUUCAACAUUGCAUAGUCAAUCUAGAGAAACAGAUUACUGCGAGCAUUGUGUAGAUAGCGCGACGGGACUGGCAGUUUCACUAGUCAAUACGUGUAUACAAGAAACUGCUCAAAACGAAAAACAAGAAAUGAUUUUGUUUAAAUUUUUAAAAUUACAAGAACUACUUCUCAAAACUUGUGAUAUUAACUGGGUUCGUUUAAAUCAGCAGUUUAUCGAAUCGCCAAGAUCAACGAGGUUUAAUUAUGAUAUUAAAUUUCAAAACUUUUCCAAAAAUAAUCGGCUAUCAAGUACAUCUAGUAAUUCAAUACAACUCAAUUCUCAGGGAAGGUGCAACACAUUUCAUCAUUUUACUUCAUUAUCUCAGUCAAGUAAUUCAAAAAGAUCUAUGAAAUCAACCUCACAAUCUGAUUAUUCCUCUUCAAUGUUAACCUCAUCUAGUUCAUUUGUUAAUCAUUCAACAACGCUUUCAAAACCUACCAUAAAUAAAUUAAGUAAUAAUUCAACUAUUAUCAUAGAUACACUUUCAAAGAAUGAUAAUAGUAAUAACAAUGAUAAUCAUGCUAACAAUAGGUCGUUAAUUUCUUUAAAUAAAGAUUUUCAGUUAUCGAGUAAAAUGGGUUCCGAUAAUCAAGACUAUCCUACAUCAUCAUUGUCACUGUCAUCAGGGUUUGGCUGUACACCUUUACCAUAUGGAUUAUUGAUCAAUCCACCUAUCCAAAAAUCUAAGCGUAAAGGAGUUCUUGUCAGUCAAAAUAACCGAUGCGCUGGUUGCGGUGCCUUCAUUGAAACUCGAUAUCUUAAAAGAAUGCGUUUUUGCGAAUUUUUUGGUCGUUACUUUUGUUGUGUUUGUCAUUCGAAUACACUUAUGACUCUUCCUGGUAAUUUAGUGACCUGUUGGGAUUUUCGUAUGUUAUCAGUCAGUAAUUUUGCACGUGAUCGACUUCGUCAGUUGCAUAAUCAACCUUUAUUAAGAACAAUCGAUUUUAACAAACAAGUCUUAAACCGUCAGUCUAAUCUUGUGAAUUGUUUGACUUUACGUAAACAAGGGAAUUUGAUGCUACCAUUUAUUCAACAGUGUCAAACAGCUCAACAAUUAGUGGACUUUACUUCUAUACCAAGUCAUUGGUUCGAAACACCAGAUUUAUGGAGUAUGGCUGAUUUACAUUCUGUACAUGAUGGAAAAUUAUCAAUAACUUUACGUGCAUUACUCUUACCAUUAGUAGAGCAUAUAUCAAUAUGUAAACGAUGUUUAGCUUGUGGCUUUAUUUGUGAAAUAUGUAAAUCUGGUCAAAUUCUUUUUCCAUUCGGUCAAGUAAAUACCACAAUAUGUUCCGGUUGUUCAGCUUGUUUUCAUCGUGCAUGUUUACAUUCCCCGAAUCCGGAAACAUGUCCAAGGUGUAUUAGACGUGCAUUUAAACGGGAACAAUUAAUUUGAAAAGACGUUAUUAGUUUUAUUGGUUUACUUUUUGCUAAUGCUUGUAUCGUCACAAUUACUACCCUCUUGUCACCCCACCACACAUGUACAUCACUGACAACCUCAUUAUUUCACUUCAUUUUAUAAUCUCAAUAUCAAAAUAGAUUAAUAAUGGAUCUCUGCGUUUAUCUUGUUGAUUGCAGCUACUUAUUUCUCAUUACUGUAAAUUUGACAUGAAACUUGCCAUAAAAAUCAGUAUUUUAUUUUCGACGACAUACUAUUCAUUUGAACGAAAACUGUUUUAUUCUAUAGCUAAUAUUUUUAGUUAUCAAAUUUCUGUUAGUCUUUCUCUUUAUUUUCUCUGCUCAGAAGUUUAUUAUUAUUAUUACCAUUAAUAUUACUACAAUUUUUCUACUGCAGUUUGUUACGAUACGUAAUGCAAACAGUUUAUCGCUAUUUAUUAAUUGAUUGAAACAUCGAAAAAAUGGAUAAUGACUUAGCUGAUUUUUCUCCUACUCUCAUGUCUUUCUAAUCGUUUUAUAAUUCACUUCACCCACGUAAUAUGGUAUAUUCGAUUGUCUUGAAAAAAUCUGUGCAAACUAGAUAUUAUCGACUUUCUUGAAUACAAUUCAAGUCUGUGUUCUUUUAUCUCUAUAUAAUUGGUCAUGAACGGAAACAUUAUUUGUAAGACCUUAAUUUCAUGAAUUUUGUGUGGGAAUAAUAUAAUUUAUUCGCCAACU